AUGACCAAUGAUGUAACCAAGGAUUCCAUCCAAUCUCAAUCACGACCAUCAACCCAGAAAGCCUCACAGAAACAAGAGGCUAAUAGUACAAUGACAACUGAACAUUCUCAUGCAGUGGCGUCUUCUUCUUCUCAUGUACCUACCAAAGAACAAUCUCAACAAGUUAGAAAUUUAUUAAGACAUUGGGGAAGUAUUAGUGAAGAUGAUUCCAUUGUUCAUGCCAUGAAAGAAAUGCAACAAGAGGAUGAUACAACAAAACGAACUACGGAAAGCACCCCUACGACAACAACAAUGGCAAGUACUAAAAAGUCGACAACAACAACACCACGAGCCAUGACUACAAGAACUAGUAGUAUUCAAAAAGAGGAAAUACCUGCAACCUCCACAAGCAAUACUGCCAUUGGUCCUACCACUCUCAAAAUGACUAUUCAAAAACCAGAGAUGGUGGUCGAUUUUGGAAAUAAGAAACCCAUUUCUACGAAACCAAAGUCACAUGGAACAACUGUUGGAACGUCGACGACGACGACAACAACCACGACACUACUCUCUCAUACCACAACCAUACCUUCUCGAGAGGAUAUUGUUUCAGAAAUGAAAAAACAAUAUCAAGUGGUGGUAGAUAGUUCCAAUAGUGGAGAGGAGAGAAUGAAUCAAAAACCAACAUCAAAGGAUACAAGAACGAGUAGUAGUCAUGUGAUUCAAGUCAAGAAAGUGGAAGAAGUUUCCAAUCAUGAUGAAAUGAACAAGCCUAUUCGUACUACGAACACUUCUUCCUCUGAAUUCAUACCACAAAAAACAGAAGUGUCCUUACAAUCAGUACCAUCAUUACCACCUAUGAAAACGACUGACAUCUCAGAACACUCGAAUACAAGUACUGCUACGAAUGCUACUACUACUACUGCUGUUGUUGUUCCUACACAAGAACCACAAGUUAUUGAAAUACCAACAAUAUCCACAGAUAAGAAAGAAGAAACACCAACAACUUCAAUGAAUAUUCCACUUGCAACGUCUCAACCUCCAAUGGCUAUCACUCCUGUUGAGGAAGAACCCAUCGCAGAACCAACCAUCUCAGUAACUACUCCAACAAAGGCUCAACCAAAAUCUCCACAACAACAAUCUGAACAACAAGAUUCUCAUCACAAAACAUCUUCAUUCUUAGAAGUGAAUACCACUCAGAAAGAUCAACAACUCUUAAUGAUUUCACCACCUUCACCCUCUCAAAUCAUUUCAUCUGCCAUGACGAGUGCUGUAGUCAAAUCUCCUCCAACUUCUGAAAAAGUGAAAAGCGUAAAAUCACCUUCUGAAGAAUUCAAAGUACCACUUUUGAAAUUGAGUCCAACAGAAUUAUCUCAACAAGAGGAAACACCAAAAAAGAAGGAAGAAGAAUAUACUACUACCAGUAAUAGUACUAGCACAAUCGUCUCAUCGAAUCAUCAUCAUCAUGAUUCACUCACUCCUAAUAUGGGCAAUACUCCCAUCAUGACAUCAUCCAAACAUAAUCUCCUCACUCCAACCAAUUCCAUGCUCUCAGGUGUGGAUGAAUAUGUCACAUCCGAAUAUAUUGAUACAGAAUCGUAUACAGGAGAAGAUGCUACUCCAAGUGUUUAUGAAGCAUCGACUUUUAAUACUUUUACUCCUUUGAAUGUCAUGGAAGAAGAAGAAGAUGACGAAGAUGAAUUGACAACCUUUGAAAAUCGAGAUGAUAUGGCUAUUUUACAAAAUAUUGGAGUCGAAUCGUAUGAAGAUUUGGAAGAUUUAGAAGAUUCUCAUCAUAAUAGUAGUAGCAGUACCAUGACAUCUUCUCAACAACCACAACAAUUACAACCAUCAUCAUUAUCCAAUCUCUCAAACAUGUCCUCUUCACAAAUGUCCAUCUCUCCUCGUCCAUUACUUUCUCCAAAAUCUUCUCAAAAAACCAAUUCAGAAAUUUCACAAGAGAGACGAGUGGAACAAAUUAUUUGGUUCUACGAAACUGAACGAUUGUAUACCAAAAUUUUAGAAAUUAUUGAUUCUACACUUGUUUCCAAUGAUUCCUUAAAGAACACAGUACUGGGAAGACAAGCUCAUUCUGAAAUAUUUAGUGAUUUUGAUUGUAUUCGAAUGAUUAACAAGGAUUUGUUUCAUGAAUUGGAAACACUCUAUACCAAAUGCAAUGGAGAUGCUAAAUUAAUUGAUGAAAUUCAAGUUGGACGUUUAAUUCUCAAGAGAAUUCCAACAUUGAGACUCUACAAGACGUAUUGCAAUAAUUUAGAAAAGUUAUUACACACAUUGAGUGAAAUUGAAUCCUCCAAUGUACACUAUAUUGCACAUUUUGAAAAGAAUGUGUUGGAUCGACUCAAUGAAGUCAUUCAAGACUAUCAGAGAGAACUCUACAAGUAUUCCUCUCAUCAGGGAACAUCAUCAAUGUUCGGAGGUGGUGGUGGUGGUACUACUUCGUUUAAUAAUAAUAAUAACACUAGUGCCAUCACACCAAGAUCAAGAGGUCUCACCACACUAGGACAUUCCAAUAGCGAGAGCCAAUCCAAAUCAAGUAAUCGUUUGAGUAUUGGAGCAGCAUCGAUACGACUCUCUGAUGUCUUGUCCAAAUCACCCGUUGAACGAAUUCAAUUCUAUGCGAAUUGGCUUCAAGAAAUGGCUUAUAAAUACUCAGAUGCGACCUAUCCAGAUCAGAAAUGUUUACAAGAAUCACAUGAGCAAAUGCAAGCCAUUUCUGAUCAUUGUCUCAACAAAUUUAAUGAAUUGGAAAAAUUGGAACGAUUCAGUCAAAUGUUAGCUGGAAAUUUCCUUUCACAAAAUAGAAGAUAUUAUACGAUGGACAAUUUAGGAUUUCCAGAACCACAGAAUAUUAAUGAAUAUAAAUUAUAUCAACAAUGGAAGAAGAGUUAUGAUGUGAAAUGUAAGAAAGUGAAGAAGGAAUGGAGUAAAAAGAAUUUAUCAGAAAUUCUCUCCAAUAACAGUGGAAUUAAGAAUUUAAUUAAGAAGUAUGGUAUUAGUGCUUCAUUUAGACCUCGAGUAUGGAUGGAAAUUAGUGGAGCUCAACAAAAACUUAAUGAGAACACUGGAUACUACAAAAAGAUUCUCUCCGUUCACACUUCUCAAAUGAAAAAUCCUUGGUUUGAUCAAAUUGAAAAGGAUCUCAAAAGAACCUAUGUUCAUCAUCCAUUCUUUAAUGAUGACAAGGUAUUGUCUGCUUUGAGAAGAGUAUUAAUUGCUUAUUGUUGGAGAAAUCCACUUGUGAGUUAUUCACAAUCCUUUAAUUAUAUUGCUGGAUUGUUGUUAUUGCAUUUGAGUGAAGAAGAAGUUUUUUGGUUAUUUGUUUCAGUUCUUGAGGACUAUUUACCUGCAAAUUAUUAUUCACCUGAAUUGAAAGGUGUUCUUGUAGAUGCCAUGGUAUUUGAAGAAUUACUAAGCGUUAAUCUCUACAAAUUAGCUCAUCACUUUAAGAAUCUUGAUUUUGACAUUUCCACAUUCACCAUGUCCUUCUUUAUGAAAUUAUUCACUGUGGAUUUCCCUGUGGAAACAACAUUGAGAUUUUGGGAUGCAUUCCUAUGCUAUGGAAGUCAAAUGAUGUUUAGAACCAUAUUAGCCAUGUUAAAAUUGAAUCAAGAUCUCCUUCUUAAAACGAAUGAUGUCUCUGAGAUUAUGUUAACCAUGCAAGAUAUUGUCAAGACACAAUUUGAUGUUCAGAAAAUUAUGAAAACAGCAUUUGGAUUUUCAAAGAUUACUCAUGAAAAGGUUCAACAAUUAAGAAGGAAGUAUUUACCUUUGAUUGAAGUCGAAUUGGAAAGACAACGAGAACGAAGAAGAUGA